AUGAAGUUCUCGAAUGUCAUCAUCUCGGCGCUCAGCGUUGGCAGCGCGGUCAAUGCAGCCGUCAUCCCCGAAGAAGCAAACUCGCUCAUCGUGCGCUCGAGUUACGACAUCGCCACAUCACCCGAAGCAAGCAACACGCUUGAGAAGCGCAAGGGAGGUGGUGGUGGUGGAAGAGGAGGCGGUGGCAGCUCUGGCGGUGGUCGUUCUGGCUCGUCGUCGUCAGGCUCGUCUUCAUCCGGCUCAGGAUCGUCUGGCUCCUCAGGCUCGUCUUCGUCAGGCAGCCGAGGCUCCGGCAGCACAUCAGGCGGGACAAGCGUGAGACCUUCGUACGGUGCUGGAGGCAACUACUACGCUGGCGGUGCGACCACUGCCUACAGAGCUGGCGGCCGCUCGCCCGCUGGUAUCGCACCCUUCGUCCUCGGAGGUGCUGCCCUUGGCAUCGGAGCAUACGCUCUCUACGGCGCCGGCGCAUAUGCCUACCCCUACGCCCACCCAUACUACUUCCACAACCGCACCGAGGCUGCUCAGAACCAGACCUACACCAAUUCUACAAAUUCCACCUUGCCUGUCCAGUGCGUCUGCGCUCAGAACUCUGAGUGUGGUUGCGACGAGCAGGCAGAUGAUUCCUACCUCGCCUCAAUCGUCGGCAAUGGCUCCUCCUCAGACAUCAACUCGACUGUCGCUCGUGUGGCCAUGGUCAACGGUACCAACACUCUUAUCAUCAACGGCACUCUUCCCAGUGACGGCGAUUCGUCCGGCUCGGGCUCGUCUGGCUCUGGCUCUGGUUCUAGCACCGGCGCUGCAGCCGCAAUGAGAGUUCCCGAGGCUGCUGGCAUGUGGAUGAUCGCUGCCGGUGUUGGUGCUUUCGUCUACGCCAUGUGA